AGGGCCGAGCAAAUCUUUUACCGCCCACACCAUUUGGGCCAAUCUUUUCUUUUGAGCCACGUGUAAUUGGCAGGCAUUCCAACCAAUAGAAAUUUAAAAAGCUUGAAGCCGGCCCAACGAUAUUGGGGAGGAGGCGGUUUCUCGUUUGUUGGGGCGUGUGUAUGUGUGUUUGGGGGAUCUGAGGGGUACGCGGGGGGCGAAUCUAGAACCCGCCAUGGCAGCCGCCGAGGAGGAGGACGGGGGCCCCGAAGGGCCAAAUCGCGAGCGAGGCGGGGCGGGCGCGACCUUCGAAUGUAACAUAUGUCUGGAGACUGCUCGGGAAGCCGUGGUCAGUGUGUGCGGCCACCUGUACUGCUGGCCCUGCCUUCACCAGUGGCUGGAGACCCGGCCAGAGCGGCAAGAGUGCCCGGUGUGUAAGGCUGGGAUCAGCAGAGAGUCCGUUGUCCCACUGUAUGGGCGAGGAAGCCAGAAGCCCCAGGAUCCCCGGUUGAAAACACCACCUCGUCCCCAGGGCCAGCGACCAGCCCCAGAGAGCAGAGGGGGGUUCCAGCCAUUUGGGGACACCGGGGGCUUCCACUUCUCAUUCGGUGUUGGUGCUUUUCCCUUUGGCUUUUUCACCACUGUCUUCAACACCCACGACCCUUUCCGCCGGGGUGCAGGUGUGGAUUUGGGCCAGGGGCACCCGGCCUCCAGCUGGCAGGACUCCCUCUUCCUGUUUCUCGCCAUCUUUUUCUUUUUCUGGUUGCUCAGUAUUUGAGCUGGAUCCUCCUUCAUGCCCACCUCCAGCCAGAGGAGAAUCAGUAUUGGGGGUCUCUGUCGACCCUUCCUUCCUCCUGGACCCCUCUGUGAGCCCUCCAUUUCUGUCGUUGAGGCCAGCCCUGGCUGGUGGGGGCGGGGGUGACACGGGUGUGGGAUGGGAAACCUGGGCUGCUCUGAGCUACAUGCUGGAGGAGGCCCAUCAAUGCCUGACCCCUGGGGCAGGAAGGCAGACUACAGAGUGUUCCCCCUCUUAGUCCUUUGAUCUCUCCCCCCGCCCAGAUUUCUUGAUUUGAUGUUGAAGGUGGACAAGGCUCCCUUGGGCAAUCCCCUGCUCCUGUGGGUUUAAUUUAAUUCUCCCUCCAAUGUCUAAUAUGAGUUCUGACUCCACAUGCUUCCUCCCCCCUCACUACCUCCUUUAAUACACAUUCAAUAAAAAAGUGAAGUGGAUCAACGGGAA